GAGAUUCUUCAGGGGUAACACCCCAGAGAAGAAUUUCUGCUGUUUCCUAGGGCAUGAAGCACAUACUUGUGUAUGUGUAGAAGUGCCUUUAAUGCUUGAAACUCUGAACUGCUGACAGGAGAUCACCCUCUUCACCUGAAUUUUCAUCUUUGCAGCUAAGCCUUGCUGAAAGACAAUGGAUUGGGUGAAUCUUGUUCCUGUAGGGCUACUGCUUAUUCUCAUUUUCCUGUUGAUUCUGAAAAGUCAACAUGUCUGGAAGAGCCACACAAGAGGAAACUUUCCCCCAGGACCCAGGCCUUUACCCAUUAUUGGAAAUCUGCACAUCAUGAAUCUGGAGAGACCUCACCUGACAAUGCUAGAGCUAGCCAAAACAUAUGGCCCAGUCUUCAGCAUUCAGAUGGGACCAUGGAAAAUGGUGGUGCUAUCAGGGUAUGACACAGUGAAGGAAGCUCUGGUGAACCAGGCAGAAGCAUUUGCAGGGAGGCCUAAACUGCCAAUUGUUAAAGACACAGGAAAUGGAAAAGGAGUUAUAUUUUCUGAUGGAGAAAACUGGAAAGUGAUGAGAAGGUUUACUCUUACAACCUUACGGGACUUUGGAAUGGGCAAGAAGGCCAUAGAAGAUUUCAUUGUACAAGAGUAUGGACACCUGGCAGAAAACAUUGAGGCAGAGAAAGGGAAGCCCCUUGAUAUGACUCUGAUGAUGAAUAGUGCUACUGCUAAUGUCAUUGUGUCCAUACUGCUUGGAAAGAGAUAUGACUAUGAAGACCCCACCUUCAGAAGGCUCCUGGCAUUGUUGAACCAAAAUAUCAGGAUUUUUGGAAGUCCGUCAAUUUCGAUAUACAACAUGUUCCCAUUCCUUGGAUUCCUCCUGAAGGACUACAAAACUUUCCUUCAGAAUAUGAAAGAAAUGAAUGCUUUUAUCAAGGCGACUUUCAUAGAACACCUCAAAACCCUGGACAGAAACGACCAGAGGAGCUUCAUUGACACUUUCCUUGUGAGACAACAAGAGGAGAAUGGAAAGGCCAAUGGAUAUUUCCAUAAUGAAAACUUAACUGAGGUUGUGAGAAAUCUGUUUGCAGCUGGCAUGGAGACCACGUCCACCACUUUGCGCUGGGGCCUUCUGCUGAUGGCCAAGUAUCCCGAAAUUCAGAAGCAAGUCCAAGAAGAGAUAGAGGAAGUGAUAGGGUCAAACCCUCCACGGAUCGAGCACAGAACUCAAAUGCCCUACACAGAUGCUGUCAUCCAUGAAACUCAAAGAUUUGCUAAUAUCCUGCCAUUGAAUUUGCCUCAUGAGACCACUGCAGACGUGACCCUCAAAGGCUAUUUCAUUCCCAAGGGUACCUACAUUGUCCCCUUACUGGCCUCUGUCCUGAGAGAUGAAACCCAGUGGGAGAAACCAGACGUCUUUUACCCUGAGCACUUCCUGGACUCUAAUGGGAAGUUUGUAAAGAAAGAUGCAUUCAUGCCUUUUUCAGCAGGGCGGAGGAUCUGUGCUGGAGAGACUCUUGCCAAAAUGGAGCUCUUCCUCUUCUUCACCAGUCUCCUGCAGAGGUUCACCUUCCACCCUCCACCUGGAGUUUCCAUCUCAGACCUGGAUAUCUCCCCCUCCAGUGGGAUCACCGUCCCCCCACUGACUCAGGCAAUCUGUGCAGUGCCACGUUCUUAGGGCUU